CGAUGUGGAUCAUCAAAAAGCUGACUGGGUUAGCAUCCACCAGCAAAUAUGCCAGCUGCUGAUUCCAAUCCGUACGUCCCUCCCUCCUCCCCUUACUGAAAAAGAAAGAAAACAUGGCAUGGAGCAGCUGGUGCAGAGGCAGAAAUACAUCAUCGAGCUCACGUACAGCACGGCCCAGGAGUUUGUUUGGGCUGGAAAGCACCGAGAAGCGAUCCCUGCGGCUCUGCAUGCGGUGCGUUUCGGUACCGAAGUGUAUGGCUCGAAUUCUGUGCAACUGGUGCCUGCUUAUCUGCUCUUGGCCGAGGCCUCGGCGGGUUCUGGGCAUCUUCCGGAGGCAUCCAAGUACCUCUCCCAAGCACAGUGGAUUGUCCUCAGCACUCCAGACUGCAGUGCUGCCAUUCGGUACAAGUUACAUCGCAGCCUGGGGCUUUUCUGUGCCGCCGAGGGAAACUUUGAACAGGCUUUGUAUCACCUGGCGAAUGAU